AUCUAUGCUCCCAGCUACACUGCACACCCUCUGCCUGUCUGCCUGUCUGUCUGUCUGCCUGUCUGUCUGCCUGUCUGCCUGUCUGUCUGUCUGUCUGCGGUUCAGCGUGCUUGUUCUCCAGGUCCCAGUAGUACCAGCAGCUCGGAGCGGGACUCGGACCUGUGUAGUGUAAGUGGACCAGUUAUGUCUCCGCUGUGAUUCUGAGCUGUCACUUUGAUCCCGCGGUGGCUGCUGGGAAAUAAAGCCCCUCUGUGUGCAGUCUGUGUGCCCGUGAAAAACGUCUCUGUCUGCGGAGACAUGUCAGCUGUGAGCCCGGAGCAGAUCCAGCCCGGAGAGCAGAACCGAGCCGGAGCCGAGCUGGACUAUCAGCAGCAGGAGGAGGAGGCCGGGAUCCUCCAGCCGCAGACCGUCUUUGUCAUCCUGGACUCGGCUGAAACGCUCAACCUGGUUCGGGUGGAGUCUGGUAUCGUCGCUGACAUCGAGGUUGACAAUCUGUUGCCGUCAGACAGCGACACCUUCUACCAGAUCAAGAGUCAGCCAAUCAGCUUGCCAGCAGCAGCUUCUUCCUCUUCUUCAUAUUCAUCCUCUCUGCCAUCAGCCAUGUCAUCCAGGGUUUUGAUGCGUCAAGAUCUUAUGCGUCAGCAGGCUCUGGAGGAGGAGCAGAAGGAGGCGCAGCAGCAGCUCCUCCGCUUGGUUGACUCCUCCUCCCCCAUCUCGGUGUCAGUGUCCUCCUCCUGCAGACCUCCUGCUCAGGUCCCUGUGGAGGUGCUCAAGGUGCAGACUCACCUGGAGAACCCCACCAGGUAUCACAUCCAGCAGGCUCAGAGACAGCAGGUGCGUCAUUACCUCUCCACCAACGGCAAGACGGCCAAUCAGGAGCAAGAUGGAAAACCAAGCCACUCCCCCCAGCCAGGCUCCGCCCCCAAACUCCAGCCUGCAGACAGCAGACAGAAACAUGAGAUGGAGGAUAACGUCAUCGAUGACAUCAUCAGCCUGGAGUCGAGCCUGAACGACGAGUAUCUGACGCUGAUCGACUCCGGACUGCAGCUCGCCAACACGCUGCCGGUGUCAGGGAACAUGCUGGACGUGUACGGCGGCAGCGGAGGGAUGGCCACACCCACCAUCACCGUUAGCAACAGUUGCCCGGCCGACCUGCAUGCGGUCAAGAGAGAGGUGAACGACGUGGAGGCCAAAGCUAUGAUCAAAGAGAGACAGAAGAAAGACAACCACAACCUGAUCGAGAGGAGGAGGAGGUUCAACAUCAACGACCGAAUCAAAGAACUCGGAGAUCUCAUCCCCAAAUCCAGCGAUGCGUCAGUACACAAAUACUGCACUUCUACUCCACAGGAGACCAGGUGGAACAAAGGAACCAUCCUGAAGGCGUCGGUGGAUUACAUCCGCAAACUACAGAAAGAACAGCAGAGGGCGAGAGAGAUGGAGGACAGACAGAGGAGGCUGGAGAACACCAACCACUCCCUGCUGCUGCGCAUACAGGAGUUGGAGCUUCAGGCUCGCCUCCACACCCUCUCUUCCUCCUCCUCCUCCUCACCCGCUCCAAACUCCUCCUCCUCCUCUCUGGACCCCCAGGCCCUGCUCUCCCCCUCACUGUCUCACCCGUUCCACCCCUCCUCCCCCUCCUCCUCCCUGGUGACCCCCCUGGGUCUGGACGCUCUGAGCUUCGUGGAGCUGGACGAGCCUCACGGGGCGUCGGCCGUGUUCUCCCCCGACCUGAUGAGCGACAUGGGGCUGACGGAGCUCGGAGACAUCCUGAUGGAGGAGGGGGGAGGGGGUGUGAUGUCGGACCCCCUGCUGUCCUGCGGAGCGUCAAAGACGAGCAGCAGGAGGAGCAGCUUCAGCAUGGACGAGGACCUCUGAGGACGUCAUCACACACAGCCAUCUUAUUGGCCACCGCUGUUUUUUAUUCUAUUGGAUCAAUUUUUUUAUAAUCCAUGACAUCAUCGAACAGACAACGCUCAAAUGUGACAUCACAGGGAACGACCGUCAUCCAGGGAAACCACGGCAACCACUGUGACCUGGAGUGUAAACAUCCAGUAACUUCUUUAAGAAGAAGAACCACGAAGAAGCUGAUUGGCUGAACACUGAACAAACUUACAGCUGAUUGGUCGAUAGAGUUACUCUUCCUCAAGUCACCAAAAUCUGAUUUUAAAAAUUUGAAAAAGAAAAAGAUUUGUUAUGAGAUUCAUGAUGUUUGAUCAAAUAUUCUACAAAGUACCCGUCUUCCAGCCGAGACCGAUCUCAUGUCUCCGUCUGCCGUGUUGUUACAUUUAGCUCGCCACCCCCCCGAGCCUGUCCGCCAUUUCCCCGGCAGGUUCUCACUUUUAAAGCCCCCAUGAAACAUCUUCCUGCAGGUUGUUUUUUAUUUCACAUUUUAGAGGGAAAGUUGUGUAGCAGUCUGUUUUACACCGUGCGUGCGUGCGUGCGUGCGUGCGUGCGUGCGUGUGUGUGUGUGUGCGAGGAGAAAAAGAGACAAACUGAUGUUUACUCCACGUUAGCGAUCAGGUUGAUGAAUGAGAACAUUCUUUAUUAUUCUCGUGUUCUGCUUAAUGUUUGUAUCACAGGAAACAGAAGGGAACCCGCCAUCUUUCUUUACGUCCUGCUGCUCACGUGCUCGCCAUUUCACCCCUCGAGGUCACUGUCCACGAUCGUCAUCACAUGAAAAUCAUCCAAUCGGUGUUUUUAAUUCAGCCUCGAUCAAACCUGUGAGCAGAGACGCUAGCCCCGCCCACCAGAUGUUUUUAUAUCAUAUUUUAUGUUUUUUAAGAUGAAUGACGGUGGCGGUCUGUUCGCUCGCUGUACAGCUGAGCAGCGAGCGAGCAGUGUGUCGUCUGUAGCUGUUAGCUCGCCGUGCGGCCCGCAGCUGACUCGUCACGAUACCAGAAUUUUAAACUUCAAUAUAAUCUAAGAAAAAAAUCAAACGAUACCUGUUAGUUACCACGGCAACAAACAAAAAAGUCCCAGACACUCGACAUUUGGUGUCUUGUUUUUUUAUCAUCAAAUAUUGCAGGCAAACUCCUGCACACCGGGGCGCCGGCAGCCUGACGGUUAGUGCGUGCACACAUUGUACGGAGGCGGGCGUCCCAGGUUCAAGUCCGACCUGCCAAAAAUCUUUGUGACUCCACUUUGACACAGCGCACAUGGCAGUUACCGUGGCAACAGCAGCCUUCCUUCAGAUGCUGUGAGAUGAAAGCUCUUCUUCCACAAAGGGAUUUUUUUAUUUGUUUGUUUGUUUGUUUGUUAUUGUUGUUCUGAUUGAUGACAUGUUUACAAACAGUGUGUCGUUCAUCACGCAGCAUUGUCGUCUGAUUUUAACGCGUUUUUAUUUCGCGUCAUCGUGUUCGUUUUUAUAGAUUCUUUACGUGUCAGAUUCAAACUUUUUUAUAGAGAAAUAAAAUCAUUUAAGACAAA